AUGGGAAAACUAAAUACGGCUUUCCGCUUUCUUCUGACCGUCUACUUCUACACAGUGGUCUCGCUCUUCCUCAUUCUUUCCUGCGCCGUUCUCUUCCUUGAGGGUCUUUGCCUCUUCCCGCUGCUGCUGAUCAAACCCAGACUUCGCAUUGUCAUUUUAGGAGGCACUCACCAGCGCCUGAUGGACAUCGCUUACCACCUCUGCAGGCCGUUUUGGGGGAAGCGGGUUCUGCGGCCUUUGCCCGCGGGAAUAUCUUCGAAGAAAGUGAUAGUGGUGGUGAACCACACGAGCAAAAUAGACCCCUGGGUCGUCGGCUCUAUGCUCAUUGGCCACCCCGCCAUUUACGUCAUCAAACGCUCUCUGCUCAAAGUGCCAAUUGCAGGUUUGCAAAUUAAUUUAAUUAAUUAA